UGGCUGGCGACCAGCCUCUCGCCUGAAGUCAGCGGAUUGGCUCCAGCAUACCCAGACUAUCCCAGUGAGGGUUAAGCGGCAUAGAAAAACGUGGAUGUUUCUCCACCCUGCCGGUAGUGGCGACAGACUGGACUCGAAUGGCGCCAACACGCUAAGAAGAAGACGCCAAAGCGGAAGUAGCUCCGAGUGUUGUGAUGGCGCUUCACAUGUAAACCAAGGAAGUCUAGCAGGCACUUCCAUUCACACAGGUUUCGAGGAUUACAAAGGGUACAGUGGUUAAGGUGGCUCUUCAACGAUCAUCACAACCCAAAAAUGAGCAGUCAAUACAACAUUCUUUUUAAGCAAGAACACGCACAUGACGAUGCCAUCUGGACGGCAGCCUGGGGUAAAAGCGAGGCGGAUGGAUCAGAAACGAUCAUUACCGGCUCGCUAGACGACAUGGUCAAAGUGUGGAAGUGGUCAGACGAGAAGCUGGAGCUGCAGUGGACACUGGAGGGCCACCAGCUGGGCAUUGUGUCUGUGGACAUCAGCCAUAACGGCGCCAUUGCCGCUUCCAGCUCCCUCGACGCGCACAUCCGCCUGUGGGACCUGGAGUCUGGGAAACAGAUCAAGUCUAUGGACGCCGGGCCAGUCGAUGCCUGGACGGUGGCCUUCUCCCCGGACUCCAAGUACAUCGCCACUGGAAGCCACCUGGGCAAGGUCAACAUCUUCGGUGUGGAAAGCGGCAAGAAGGAAUACUCUUUGGACACUCGGGGGAAAUUCAUCCUGAGCAUCGCUUAUAGUCCUGAUGGUAAAUAUUUGGCCAGCGGCGCAAUUGACGGGAUCAUCAACAUCUUUGACAUCGCCACCGGGAAGCUCCUCCACACGCUGGAAGGUCACGCCAUGCCCAUCCGGUCGCUCACGUUUUCUCCUGACUCUCAGCUGCUGGUCACGGCGUCUGACGACGGUUACAUCAAGAUUUAUGACGUGCAACACGCUAGUCUGGCAGGGACGCUGAGUGGACACGGAUCCUGGGUGCUCAAUGUGGCCUUCUCCCCGGACAACACACACUUUGUCUCAAGCUCCUCGGACAAGAGCGUGAAGGUUUGGGACGCCAGCUCCAGAGCGUGCAUUAACACGUUUUUUGACCACCAAGACCAGGUGUGGAGUGUCAAGUACAACGGCAAUGGCUCAAAGAUCAUCUCGGCUGGCGAUGACCGCACCAUUCACAUCUAUGACUGUCCCAUGUGACCCGGGACAAACCACUUGUUUUGAACGAUUUUGCGCUGGCUUAUGGUAUUACAAUAAAAUGUGUUUUUUUU